CGGGGAAGAGUUUUGUUUAAAACAAUUGAAGAUUUACCCGAGCUAGUGUAAUAUUGAAAGAUAAUCAGUCAUUUUGCUCAGUUUUAAAAAAAAAAAUCUACCAUGACAACAGUUGAACAGGAGUCAGCCAAAUAUCCUGGGUUUAAAGGGAUCGGAUAUCCCGAGGUGUUUACAACCAUGCCGCCGCAGCCGACGUUAAAAAAGCCAGGACAUUUGCCGUACGAGAAAGUAAAGGAAUAUUUUGAAAACGGAUUUACGGUGGUGGAGGGGUUCUUCAGUCCCGAGGAGAUACAGCCCUGCCUAGACUCAUACGCUCGCCUCGUCGACGGACUGGCUCACAAGCUUUAUGAUUCCGGACGAAUUAAAAAUUUAUACAAAGAUCUUAAUCUAAGUGACAGGCUUAUAGCUCUAGAAAAGGAAUGGCCGGGUGCUGUUCUCCUUCUUCUGAAGACAAAUAAACUCACUCCCGAGUUCCGUGAUCUGUAUCAGAAUAGUAAGUUACUUGACGCAAUGGAACAACUUAUCGGACCGGAAAUAGGUGCGAGCCCCGUCUGGAACACCAGGCCAAAGACGCCAGGUCACAGAGAAACGGAUGUUCCCUGGCAUCAAGAUUCAGCGUACUUUGACGAUGAGAGUUACCAAACUUUGAUAGUAACAGCGUGGGUAUCUUUUGUUGAUGCAACGCCUGAAAACGGGUGUAUGCAGUUCAUGAAAGGAGGGCAAAAGAAAGGUUUAGUCGUUGUGCACGAGUGCUGUGACAAUUUCUAUCUCACAAUAAAGGAAGAGGAACUGAUAGAGAGGUUGGGUGCAAAUCCGAAGACCGACUUCAUUACAUGCCCAGUUAAAGCUGGCGGAGUGAUUUUCUUCAAUAAUAUGGUGCCUCAUAAAAGCGUUCCAAACCGAUCCGACCAUAUCCGCUUUGCUAUGGACUUGCGUUACCAGUCACCAAAUCGACCAUGGGGAUUUUUCGAUAAAAGUAAGGGAAUCCUUCUUCGAUCUCCUUCGAAACCAGAUCACGUGCCAGAUUGGGAGUUCUAUUCAACGCAAGGAAGAUACGAUAUAAUUAAAGAACUCGUCGUCGAAAAGACGGGUCAAGGUGACAAGGACGAUGAAUUUGAUACCACAUUGACAGGACCUCACAUGGAUCGGUGGAAAAUUGUAAAUCAUAGUAUACAUACAGAGGCCUACCUUAAAGGCGCUCAGAAAGUAUAAAAACAA